AUGGAUCAAUAUGCAAAAUCUCACAGCCACCCGAAUGGCGCUGGCGAUGCCCGGCCGACUGCAUUGCAGAUUGUAAAGGACGAAAAUAGAUUGGGACAAAUGAAAGACAAAGUAGUCUUGGUGACUGGUGCCUCUUCGGGCAUAGGCAUCGAAACAGCUCGCGCUUUGGCGGCAACGGGAGCGCAUGUUUUUCUUGCCGUGCGGUCUCUUGAGAAGGGACAGACUGCAUGUGGUUCAUUUCUCGAACCUGGGCGGGUUGAGCUUCUUGAAUGUGAUAUAAGUUCUAUGGAGUCCGUCCGUGAAGCCUCUGCUGCUUUCCUGGCCAGAUCACAUACUCUCAAUAUACUCAUCUGUAAUGCUGGAAUUAUGGCUAUCCCACAGCGGGAGGAGUCGAUUGACGGCUUUGAGAGCCAUCUGGCGACCAAUUUUCUCGGCCAUUUUCUCUUGUUCUGGCUGCUCAAAGAUGCCAUGCUCAAAGCCUCAAGGCCGGAGUUCAACUCACGUCUGGUUCAAGUCGCUAGCAGUGGUCAUCAUGCAUCCGAGAUCCAGUUUGACGAUUUCAAUCUCGAAUCAGGCGGUGCCUAUGACUCAACCAAAGCAUACGGGCAGAGCAAGCUGGCUCAGAUGUAUAUGGCCAAUUACGUUGACAGGUACUACGGACAGCAAGGUCUUCAUGCUCUCAGUGUUAUGCCUGGAGGAAUCAUUACAAACUUGCAGAAAAACAUGUCAGAGGCAGCUAAGCAGAGCUGGACAGAGAAUGAACAAUUGAUGAAGUGGAUGAAGAGUCCCGAGCAAGGUGCUGCAACCACAAUGGUAGCUGCGCUUAGUAAAGAAUGGGAAGGAAAAGGCGGUAAGUAUCUAGAGGAUUGUGCAGUGGCACGGCCUUCACCUCUCAUUCCCGGCAUUCAAGGAGUCAAAGCCUAUGCUUAUGACCUGGACAAAGAAGAGAGCUUGUGGAAACUCACAAUCAAAGUGCUUAGGUUGUAUCUAUAG